UUGAAAUAUGUACUUAUAAAUAUAAUUGAAGAAUCGGGUUAACAGACAUUAUUAUUGCUAAUAAUAUAUUAGCUUUAAAAUAAACCAAUCUUAAAAUAACUCGUUUAAAUUUAUCUGUCUAAAGGGGUAAGAAAGUCUAGAGUUGCAGACAUUAAGAGUUUUAACUCGAAGAAAGUCAUCUGCCUAAUUUAACGUUUCAAAACUAUAAUCUUUUAUUGUAAAAUGAGGAUUAAAAGAUCAUGUUAUAAUCAAGAUUCUAUAAAUGCUGGAACAACGAUUUUAACGUCUAAACCAUUUGCACAUAUUUUAAAAAGUUUAUUUCGAAACGAAAGGUGUGAUCACUGUUUGGAAAGUGGAAAACUUUUCAAAUGUUCUGUUUGUCAGUACGUGUAUUAUUGCAAUCGUAAUUGUCAAAAGGAAGCUUGGUCAAUACAUAAGAUAGAAUGUCCAAAUUUGAAAAAAAUAUCACCCAAAAUUAUACCAGAUGCUGCAAGACUUAUGGCUCGCAUAAUUAUAAAACUUCAUCAAGGUGGAGGAGAAGAAAUGGGAUAUUAUACUGAAAAAAAAUAUAGAAAAUUUAAAGAUCUUAUGUCUCAUUACACCGAUAUUAAGAAUGAUGCCAAACGAAUGGAACAUUUUAUUUCGUUAUGUGCAGUUCUAUUUGCAUUUCUUGAAAACAUACCAUUACCAAAUUCUGCAGAGUUAAUGGGUAUUUAUGGUAGAAUAUGUAUUAAUUCAUUUGAUAUAUUAGAUUUAGAUAUGAAUAGUAUUGGAGUUGGCAUUUAUCUGGCACCAUCUGUGAUUGAUCACAGUUGCAAACCUAAUGCAAUUGCUGUAUUCGAAGGAACUACUAUUAUUAUAAGAACACUUGAAGAUCUUCCAUGUUUAAAUUGGUCACAGAUAAGGAUAUCAUAUAUCGACAUUCUCAAUUCAACUAAAGAUAGACGUGAAGAAUUAAAGAAGUCAUACUAUUUUUUGUGUGAUUGCCAAAGAUGCAUUCAGCCAGAACCAAUGGCAACAGCUGCUGCUUGUCCAAAUACGUCUUGUACAUAUCCAAAUUCUUCCGAUGCUACAGAAUGUCAAAAAUGUCAUGAGAAAUUUCCACCAAAUUUUAAAGAAACAUUUGAUGAAGUUACGGAAUUCUCUGCCCAUCAUUUACAAAAUAUGAAAAAUAUGGCUUAUCUUGAUGUGAGUAAAAUAUGCCUAAAAAAGCAGGAAGGUGUCCUACAUGCAUUUAAUAUCCAAUAUGUACGUACUUUAGAAGCAGCAUUCGAGGCAUCUGUACGUUUAUUAUCAUGGGAAGAUGCAGAGUAUUAUGGACAAAGACUUCUACCAGGAUAUUUAUUAUAUUAUGAAGAAAGAUAUCCUUUAACGGGUUUAUUAUACCUUCAGUUAGGAAGAAUUCAAUUACAUCUGAAUAAAGCAAAGCAAGCUUAUGAUUCAUUAAGAAAAGCACAGUCUUUAUUGACAAUAACACACGGAGAAAAAAGUACUUUAACAACAGAAAAUUUGAAACCUUAUUUAUACAGAUCUAUAGAUAUUAUUAAAAACUUAUAGAUAUAAUGAUUAAUUACUUAAUAAAGU